UACAGCGCAGAAAGGACAGCGGGGAGCACAAAGGAAUGAAAACAGCACCUCGAAAACUUUUAACUUCAGCUUGUUGUGAUGUGAAUACAUCCGUGUGUUGAUUAAACUGUGAGUUUUGGCGACUGGCAGGCUGACAACUGCCUGAGAAGCGCAGGGAAUGUGAGUGGUCGGAGUGAAGCGGCAGGGCGCACCGCUGUCUCCGACUAUCGCUGCUUUGUCAGCUGAGCUGGUUGCAUCCCGAGGCCCAGCCGUUAUCACGGGCCUUAUCCCAGCAGGACGCAUUUCCUGUACAAAGUCAGAAACUGACUCCAACAUGGGGGUCAAAACCUUCACCCACAGCUCGACCUCCCACAGCCAGGAGAUGCUCGAUAAACUCAACGCUUUACGCAACGAGGGUCACUUAUGUGAUGUUACGAUCCGGGUCCAAGACAAGCUCUUCCUGGCCCACAAAGUGGUCCUGGCCUGCUGCAGUGAAUUCUUCCGCUCUAAACUGGUGGGCCGACCAGAGGAGGAGGACAAGUUUGUGUUGGACCUUCAUCAUGUGACCGUUAGUGGCUUCGCACCUCUGUUGGAAUAUGCCUACACGUCUACCCUCUCCAUUAGCACAGAGAAUAUCAUCGACGUUCUGGCAGCUGCGAGUUACAUGCAGAUGUUUGCUGUGGCCAGCACAUGUUCAGAGUUCAUGAAGUCCAGUAUUUUGUGGAGCCCUGGUAACAACAACAACAACAACAACAACAUGAUGGCAGAUAAACCGCAUGAAUCAGCACCAGAGAGCGCUUCAUCAAACUGUGCCCUGACGCCAUUGGACGGCAGCGUGUCACCUGUUUCGUCUGACUGCAGUGUAAUGGAGAGAAACGUUCCUAUAUGCCGCGAAUCGCGAAGGAAACGCAAAAGCUUUGUAACAAUGGCAUCGCCUGAGAGUCCACUCAAAUGCACUACACAGAUGGUCACCACCUCCCCUCAGAUACCCAAUCCAUCCCCUUCAUUCUCAGACAGCACAGCCCAGCCCGUGGAGUCCUCCCUGGCCUUCCCAUGGACCUUCCCGUUCGGUAUCGACCGAAGGUUCCACUCAGAUAAAUCAAAGCUCCCGGAGAGCCCUCGUUGUUUAGAGCAAGGCGCCCCUGGGACCUCAGAGGUGGUAGUCGGCCGGCGGCUCAGUGACUUCCUUACGUGUGAGAGCUCCAAGGCGGUGUCAUCGCCAGUACCGGCAGAGGAAGAAGACGUGAGGGUGAAGGUGGAGCGUCUCAGCGAUGAGGAGGUCCAAGAGGCAUCCUCGCAGCCAGUCAGUGCCUCCCAGAGCUCGCUGAGUGACCAGCAGACAGUGCCAGGGAGUGAACAGGUCCAAGAGGAGCUACUCAUCAGUCCACAGUCGUCCUCUAUAGGGUCGAUGGAUGAGGGAGUGUCUGAGGGCUUGCCGUCAAUGCAGAGCACCUCUAACACUGGAGGACAUGCAGAAGAUGAUGAAAGGUUAGAAGGUAUUCAGUAUCCAUACCACCUCUAUAUCAGCCCCUCAGCCAGGCCCGGCACCAAUGGCCCCGACAGGCCCUUCCAAUGUCCAACCUGCGGAGUCAGAUUCACGCGUAUUCAAAACCUGAAGCAGCAUAUGCUCAUACACUCCGGCAUUAAGCCUUUCCAGUGUGACCGCUGUGGGAAAAAGUUCACACGGGCCUACUCCCUAAAGAUGCAUCGGCUGAAGCACGAAGGUAAACGCUGUUUCCGGUGCCAGAUUUGUAGCGCCACAUUCACGUCCUUCGGUGAAUAUAAGCACCACAUGAGGGUCUCCCGACACAUAAUCCGCAAGCCGCGGAUUUACGAGUGCAAAACGUGCGGCGCCAUGUUCACCAACUCUGGCAAUUUAAUUGUACACCUGAGGAGUCUGAACCAUGAGGCAUCCGAACUAGCAAACUACUUCCAGAGCAGUGAUUUCCUCGUGCCCGACUACCUGAGCCAAGUACAGGAGGAGGAGGAGGCGCUGGGAGUCCAAUAUGAGCUAGAGGAGUCCCAACAUCACCCCGUAUACCCGGGCAGCACCUCCGCCUCCACCACCACUGCGGCCUCGUCCUCCUCCUCAGUCCAGAUGCCCGUCAUCUCCCAGGUCUCCUCCUCUACCCAGAAUUGCGAGAGUUCCUCCGGCUUCCUUUCUCCCGAGCCCCUGGAUCCUCUGGAAGCGCCAGCCUCCCUCAAGAUGGACGCCGAUGAAACAGCAACUAUGACAGAGGAGACCAAGAUGGACAACAGUGUAGGAGGCAGUUCCCCAGAGGUGUUUGAAGAAGAGCAGCAGCAGCAGCAGCAGCAGCAUGCCCAGGCCAAGGAGCUGGCUUCCAUUACCAUAGAGUGAUUCAAGCCUUCUACUUGCCCAUCAUGUCUUAUUUUGCAGUCAUGUCAUAUGGGAAUAUCUGUUGAAACACCUUUGCGGCUAAAAGGGACAGCGUGGACAUGGGCACAUGUUAAACCUCCUCAUGUGAAGCCAUGAAGACGCCACGAUUGAAGUUUUGCAAAGACUUCAGUGGCCUUGAUGAUGUUUUUCCACACGCAACACAGAUGCACUUAUAUGAGUUGAUGUUUUACACCAAACCAAAUCCAGCAAAGCAAAUGGUCAUUUGUUUUGAUUUCUUUGCCCACCACCAAAUCUAAGUUUCAAAGUAGUAUUUAUCAAGUGAACAAGUGAACAGUAUUUUUUAAGAGGGUUGUUUUUUCCCAUAUGACGUGAAUGCAGAAGUAGCUAAAGUCAUUUCUGUCUUGGCUAAUUUGAGGUCUGUUAAGUACAAGCCUUGCCCUACUUUUGGAAAGUGCCUGAGAGUUACCAUUUUAACAAAGCAUCAUGUAGAGGAAGAAGAGGUCUUGACUACAGUGAUAAAUCAAGCCUUUGCAAACUGAGCUAAAGAUAAAAACAUUGUAUUUCAUUUGUAGUGAUAAUGCUAGUUUGUAUGGGCAGAGACUGUGUUAUCCCGUCAGUGCCGUCGCUAUAGGCAAACUGGUAAAUGUCAAUAUUAUCUAUACUGCAAUAGCUUGUACUGUAGUUUACUAUUUGAAUGCUGUGUAUGUUGGAUGUUGUGAAAAAUGAUAUGUCAGGUGUGUGUAUGUGCAUUUCUUUUUAUCUAUAUGAACACAGUACAUUUCAUUUUUAAAUGUUUAAAACUUGAAAUUAUAUUGACAGAGUAUUCCCUUAAGAAGUUUGUGCAGUAUAUCAUUUUUCUGACCUAUUAGAAGCUAUUUUUAAUUAACGCUGUUGUUAAAUCAAACCUCGCAUCUCCAAAAAAACUAAACUUGGAUAAGCACUGAUGGAACUUUCAAAAUCCAACCAAAUAGAUGAUGGAAUAAGGCUGAAACAUGUAAAACAAAAAAAUUCUAAUUUGGAGUUACAAGGUUUUUCACAACUGCAGUGUUAUAUUCCCAAAUGGGCUCUAAGAUAUGGUAAUGUAGCAUUUCAUCCAAGUUGAAGUUAGGCCUGCUUGUCAAAUGGCAGUUUCUUUCAGUUUUCACGUCAGUUUGUGUUAUAAAUAUUGAUAUCUGACAUGGCUGUCAAAUUUUGGUCAUCCUGAUUUACCAACAGGUACACUGCUGAUGUUCUAGGAUAUUGCAUGACUGUUGAAGUGAUGUUUCACUUAGGUACAACAUGAUUGUCUUUUUUUUAAGUUUUAUCCUUGUGUGACUUUGUGGGAAUAUUAACUCAAAACAUGUGGAUUAACCACCAGCAUUUCUUUUUCUUUACCUAAGUUGUUACAAAGGCGAAUUCUAUAUUGUAUUAUAUGACAAGUCCCCUUACUAAAAAAAUUAAAUUAAAUAAAAUUGGGAGAGGAAGUGAUGCAGACAGAUCAUGAUGGCUAUCUGUGAUGGCCAGUCAGAACAGAUUGCAAGGCUGUUUGUUGGGUCUUGUGUGAUAGUAUUGCUUCAGAAGCAAUAGGAACAUUCUAAUGUGUGAAUUCAAAUACUGUGAGUUGAAUCAUUAUAAAUGAUAACUUAACUGUAUUGUGUUAGGCAAGAGCUUAUCCUUCACCUUAAACUGAAAACACAGUUUGGCAGUUAACAUUUGUAGCUUCAUUUUUCAAUGUUGAUUUUGGGUCAAACCUCCAACUCCUUAACUGUAUCUGUAUGCCAACAUGGUUGUAUUUGUGUACUUGGACAUUGUUGUGCCUGUAUUUUGAGAAGAUAAUGAUGCCCGUGGUCAUAAUCCAUGAGUUGAAUGCUACUGACUGUGACUGGGUAUCUUGUUCAGUGAAAUGCUUUGUUUCUGUUGCCCCCUGAAAGUAGUACAAACAGCCAACAUUUAGGAUUAUCACAGCAGGAUGAAAGACCUCAUACAUACAGGGUUGAUUGUAAAUGUAAUGAUGAAUAUUGCUGUAAUGAGGGCAUCAAUAUUACCCUGUCCUGAUCAUUGAAAUUCACUGAGAACCUGUCUUAAGAGUUUGCGUUAGCCUGCGCCAUCCUAUCAGUCACUUUGUCAAAGCUGUGCCAUUUGCCCAUUUUUAUCUGGGUACAGUUCACGCUUUUUCCUCCAGGACCAAAUGUUCUCUAUCUCAUUGGGGAUUUGCCAUGGCAAUCAGUAAUUGCACAUAUUAAAAGAAAGAGAUAAUCAUUCUAAGUGGUCCAUGCUAUUUAGCAAAGGGGUCCUGCUGUUUCGCCCCUUAAAACACUGUACGAUGUUGUGCAUUAAGAGGCUAGCCUUAGUAAAUGGACCUAUUAACUCUAGUUGCACAAUAUCAAAAUUUUAAAAAGUUUUCUAUUCUCCAUUUGUAUGUCAUGCUUUACAUCUAUCGUGUUCGGUGUCUGUAUUCAAACAACUUUUUAUAAUGAAAUGCUGCUGUUUGUUGAAACGCAAAAGUGCCCAAAAUAUUUUUGUGAACCAAUGGUGUGCAAUAAAUGGACAGGUGGUGUUUUAAAAGUUUUGAUUUUGUCUUUGGAAUGGUGAAUACUAUAUAUUAAAAAAAAAGAAUGUAUAAUUUUGUUUCAUUCAAAUGUGACUGAAGAUGAAUUAAAUAGGCAAGGACCCCAUUUGAUCUGUGAAACAAGGAACAAAGCUUUGAUAUCAAACGGCUGGUUCUAUUCAGCUCCUUUCUGUUUGUUUCUGAAGUUGCAUGUUCAUAUCGUUCUGUGAAGUGGAGAGCAUGUCUUCAGUUGGCGAUGCGUUCUGUCAAGGCCUUAUUUGUUGAUGACUCUUCAUCCAACUUAGUUUUGAUCUGUUGUUGAGCAUGCCCUCUUCUUUUCUGUAUGUUAUCCCUUUUUAUGUGCAAUGUUUUAAAAUAUCUUGAUUACAUACAGGACAUGCCUUUUUAAUGUACACUUGAUGUUGUAUAUGUUUUCCAGUCCUUAUGGUUUAUUUAAAAGUAGGAAAAUAUAAGAAAAAAACAUGGUAGCUCUUCAUAUCGGCAUAUAUAUUUUUGGUGACUUUUGUAUUAUGGUUGCUGUUUCAUGGCAUCUUUGGAUAUUCUUGUUAAAUGUGAAUAGAACAGCUUAGUUUGGGAGUAUGGGGGGGCCUUGGUAGUCUUCACUUUGUGACUGUCUGCAGUGUUUGUAUAUAUAUAUAUAUAAAUAAAUAUACAGUAUAUACACUCAUA